AUGACCUCGUCUCUUUCUGCUUUCGAUCCCCUUCGAACUCCCUUUGUGGGACCGAAUGAUGUGAUCAAAUGUAUAGAAGUAGAUAUUACAGGGGAUCGUGUGUACGCAGCCACUUGGGGGAACGGGGUUUAUGUAUGGGAGCUCUUUAAGCGGCGCCAGCUCGCCCUGAUGUACCACCCCGACUGGGUUAAUGCAGUGCGGUGUUAUCCACCUCUGUCUAACACCUCAAAAAUGAACAACAAAUCCGAGGAGCAGUACACUUCCGUUUUAGAGUAUCUGCAAGCUAAGGACCUCAAUGAGCUUACCAGUGAGGGUGAGGGUGUGAAGAAACCACUUUAUGCCCAAGACGUUUUGUGUGCACCGGCGGUCACAACAGAAUGGGUUUUGACCGGCUGUGAGGACGGCGUCAUUUCCGCGUGGUGCCCCGUAACCUUCCGUAUCCGAUCGCAGUGCAAACCUACAGAGAACCCUAUCACACAGCUCAUCCUGGCAAAGGGCCCCAGAUCUACUACAUUAGUGCCGUCUAGUUCAUUCUACGACAACAAUGUGAAUAAGACGAACAAAAAGAUGAACCUCAAGGAGAUGCCUGGUGCGCCGUUCUUGUGUUAUGCGCUGAGCCUCGAUAAUGUUUUUGUUAUACACGUGCAGUCCGGAUUGCAGUGCAUUCACAAGCUAUCGCAUCCCGAGUAUUGCACGGCGGUUGAGAUUUUGACAACGCCGUCCAUGCGGUGCUUGUUAGUGGGACAGGAAAGCGGGUCGAUCAAGUGCUGGACUUUAUCUGGGGAUAACUUUGAGUACAAAGAGACACUGCAUUAUCCCGCCGGUGAAGUGGAUAUUGACGAAGAUGCAGAGAAGAGCAAUGAAAUUCAUGCGCCUCAGAUGGUCAACAUGCGUAAUAUUCUAACAAAUACCUUUUCGUAUAAUCUACGACGUAGUACCGAUCGAUCCGAUCCUGGGAUUCGCCUUUCUCUUGAUGAGCAGCGGUCACGCUACGAAAUGCACAUCCCAGCUUCCAUGCCAUGGGAUGAUAUGCGUAAGGGCUCGUAUACUUUAACCCGUGAACGAGUGUUAUCCAGUGAGUUGUCUGAAGAUCAUUUGACUUAUGACCAAAGACGGGUAACAUGUCUGUUGGUACCUAAACGAGGUUCUGCACUUAACUGUCGCUUCUUCUCUGGUCAUGCUACUGGGGAGGUACUCGUGUGGCAGUCGAUCUUUGAGAACCAACCUAUUUUAUUGGUUAAAAAGAUUAAGUUGUUUGACAGCCCGAAACGAUGGGUCUGGAAUAUGCAAACUAUUGAAGUUUCAGUUUCGUCUGCGUGGCUUGUUGAGGAACUUUCUGCUAAUAAAGAGUCAAAAAAUGACAUAUUUCUGCCUAUAAACUACCUGCAGGAAGGUAAUUCCAAAAAUGUUGAAGUAUUUUUUUAUCAACUUGUGGUCUGGGCGGACAACGGUCAAAUCGUCUACUUGCAGGUUGGAAAAGAUAUACAUAAGACUGAUGGCCCCGGUUUUAUGGCUACUGCAUCCUAUUCUUAUUCCAUAGAAAAUGCGUCUAAGGAUCCACCGAAUGAGAUGGAGACCCAAUCUACUUUAAAAGCGAAAAAUAAGGUUUCAAAGACUGUCCGUCGGUUACCUCCUUUAGCUCCUGGUAAGGGCAACAGUUCGAUGAAAAAGUGCAUCACGGGUCAGUACUUUAUUAUCAUGGGUAACGCUGAAGGGAGAUUAGAGCAAUUCAAUAUAUCAAAUGUGGUUACUAAGCUUCUGCACGCAAGCAUCAAGUCUUAA